AUGUUAAGUUUAAAAAUGAUAAAUAAUUAUAAUUGUGAAAGAUUAAAUAAAAGUUCAAGUGAAGAAGUAUUAUUUUGGAAAGUUUUUGGUAACGUUUAUUUAUUGAAAUUAAUAUUUCAUCAUAUUCAUACAACAGAAUGGGUAGUUUACGAUGCCUAUAAAAAGAUAAAUGUUCAAAAUCGUUGGAAAUUUAAAGAUGUUUAUUCAUUGGAUUGGAUGAUUUUAAAGAAACAAUAUCCAUUAUUAAUUAAUAAAAUUAAAUUUGGUGAUUUUAUUUUAUUUGAUACAAUAUCGAUCAAAGUUUUAUUUUCAGCGAUUCCAAAAUUAAAAAAACAACCACCACCACCACCACCACUUACAACAACACCAUCAUCCAAUUCAACUACCAAAACAUUAACACUUAAAGCAGUAAAAGAAAAAGAAAAAGAAGAGAAAAGAAAAGAGAUUGAAAAAGAGAUUGAAAAUGAAAAAGAGAUUGAAACAUUAAAAUAUAUUAUCAAAUUAUUGUUAGAGAAGAGAAGAUUGGAAUUUGAAAUUUGUGAUCUAACACAAUUGGCCGUUAAAACCAAUUGUUUAGAUACUCUUUCAUUACUACUUUGUGAACAAUAUUCAACCAUUGUUUAUCCAUCAACUUUAGAAUGGGCAAUUGAAAAUUGUGAUUGUUCAAUAGUAAAACAAUUAUUAACAUAUAAUAAUAAACAAUUAUUAACUGAGGAUAUAAAAAAGAAAGCAUUUUUUUUAGCAUCAAUUAAUACUCAUUAUCAAAAUGAAAUGAUUAAUUUAAUAUUAGAUGAAUCACUUUAUAAAUUACCACCACCAACACCAACACCAACACCACCACCACCACCACCAACAUCAUCAUCACCACAACAUCAAAAGCAAAUUGAUCAAUUAUCAAAAAAUCAAAAUAAAAAGAUUAAACCAGAUUCAAAUAGUGAUUAUCAUAAUUAUGGUAAUGAUGAUAAUGAAAAUGAUAAUGAUGAUGAUGAUGAUGAUGAUUAUAUUUUUGGUGACGAUUAUGAAGAAGAUAAUAGAGAUAUAUUGGAUAGUUAUUAUGAUGAUUAUUUUGGAAAUCAUGAAACAUUAUCAGAGAUUGAAAGAGAAAGAGUUACAGAAUAUCCAUAUAUAAAAUUUGAAAAGUUUUUAACAAUUACCUCAAUCGAUACAAUGAGUAAAUUAAUGGAUUUAAAAGUAGUGAAACCAAUUGCCCGUCAGCAUUACCAAAUGGAUUUAUUCAAAUUUGAAUUCUCAUUAAACCAAUUAUUAGUUUACCUUAGAAUUUAUUUAUCACUAUUCAAAAAAGAUUAUUACUUUUAUUCAAAACUUUAUGAAACAUUAGAAAUUAAGAUUAAUAAUGAAAUUAUAAAUAAUGAAAAAUUGGAUCAAUCUGCCAAAUUAAAAGAGUUAAGAAGGUUAGUUGUAAUUCAUUCACGUCAAGAAACUUUCUAUAAACAAUAUAUUCUACAUUAUGAAGAGUCAAUCGAUGAAUUUCAUAGGGACUUUCCAUAUGAUAGAAUCGAUUCAUCAAAUCUCGAUAGUGAUUGUAAAAAGUUUUUAGCACUCCUUAGGUAUAUGGGUGAGUUUGUAGCCCAUAAAAUGCCAAAUAGACACAAGUAUUUCUUGGAGGAUUUAAAGAAAAUGAAAUCAUCAACUUCCAAUGAUAGAUGGUGCCCAUUAUUAUUUAAAGCGAUAGAAUGUGUUCCUGGUCAAUUGGAAAAUUUUAAUAUCACACAUAAAUCAAUUAUAGAUUGGAUUAAAAAUACAAAUUCAAUUGUCAUUAAUACAGCAGUUUGUACAUCAUUCACUAUGGUCUCAUACUCUUUAAUUGAAUUAAAGCAUUAUGCAAUUACUGAAGCUUUCACAAAUUUAGAUAUGGAAGAUAAUAAAAAGAGUUUAUCUUAUUUUUGUAAGAAAAAUUGGUUUGUUAAAUUUUAUUUAAAAGAAAUGGAGUUUUGUAACGUUGAAAGACUUCAAGAGAUUGAAGAUUUUUUAACAAAAAAUUGUCUUGAAAAUCCAUCAUCACCAAUUAAUAUAAAUGUUGAUAGUUAUGGUAGUUUUGAUUUUAAAAUUGAUCAACAACAACAACAACAACAACAACAACAACAACAACAACAACAACAACAACAACAACAACAACAACAACAACAACAACAACAACAAAAACAACAACAAAAACAACCCAAUCAAAAUAUUGUUGAUGAUCAAUUUGAUUCAGAUGUUUUUGAAAAGAAAAUAGUUGCUUUAAUUGAAUAUCUUAAUAAAACAAAUUUCAAAUUCAUUCAGCAUGGCAUGCAUGCAUUUUUAAAAAAAGUUAUUGAACAUUUACCAAGAGAAAUUAGUAGUACUUUGGUUGUAAAUUUAAAUCCACUUAAAUUUUAUCUAAAUAGUUGGUUAACAGCUUCAAUCAUUACAUUAAAUUUAAAGAUGGUAGAAUUUUUAAUUAAUAAUUUAGAGGCAAUAGAAUUUGAAGAACAAGAUUUCACAAGAAUUCAAUCAGUUGAAAGAAAUUUAUUCAAUAGUUCUUUGAAUCUUUAUCAUAAUCAUGAUGAAAUAUUGGUAUUUGAUUUCGUAAUGUCAAUAUUUAAAACAAUUGUAAAUAAAUGGAGAUGUACGGUAAAUAAUGAUCAUCAGAAAGAAGGUGGUAGUGGUAGUGGUGGUAGCAGUGGUACUAUAAAAUCAUUACCAGAAUCAUGUAUAGUAAUUUUAAAUUAUUUCUUUGAAAUGAUAAUUCAAACAAAAUAUAUAACAAUUGAACAAGUUAGGAUGGCUCAUCAAUUCCUUUGUUUAAAUUCAAUACCAAUCAAACAUUCAUUGUUUCAUGCUUUCUAUUAUCUAAAGAUUAGAUCAGCCAAAUUUAUAAAGUACAUUUUAUCAAGACCAGGUAUUGAAACAUUCUUUGAUGUAACAAUGGAUUCUCGUUAUAAUAGUACAAGAGAAUAUUUCACUGAAAGAUGUUUUGAUAUUAGAGAUCAUUUAAAGUAUGAAAUGUUUACAUUUGAUUAUGUAUUGGGUGGCGAAAGUAGUAGUAGUGGAGGAGCAUCAUCAACAGCAGCAUCAUUUGAUGAAAUUCUUCAAAAUCUUUUCGAUCAAUUAUCAAAUGAUAUUUGUUUCAAGGAGAAUAUAGUUCAUAAUUUUUAUCAACUUUCAAAGAAUGCAGAUUUAUCAUUUUGUUUAGAUAUUAGAAGAGUGGAUCUUUUCUUUAAACAUUUAGAUAUAAUUCAAUCUCAUUUAAAGGAUACAACAUCUGAGGAUUAUGUAUUGAAAUCAAAUGAUCCAUUCCCAAUUCAAGAGUAUUCCUAUAAUUCACCAAUGACAACGAUAUUACCAACAAGUCAAUUAUUUAGUGGUGGUAGAGAAUUUCCAAAACCAUACCUACCAUUUUGUGAAAGAAAUACAAUACAAUAUGACCAUUGUAUAUUCAAACCAUUAACAAUCAUAAAUUCAUUUGAUUACUCUGAAAAGGUAUUGGAUUUAAUAUUCAUGGUCAUUACAGAUUUAGAACUUAUUCAAAAGUUUUUAGAAUAUAAUUUUCAUGUCAUUCAAUUUGAAGAUACUUUAUUCUCAAAAUCAUUACAUUGGAGCAGAUUUGAUAUUUCAACAUUUCUUUUAGCAAAUUUUGAUAUUCAAUUCUUUUCAUUCCCACGUUUUGCUUUGGAUACUCAUUAUAGUUUUUAUCAAGAGGCUGUCUUCAUAUUAAACAAUCACUUUGAUAAAGUUAGAUACCCAAAUAAAUUCAAGUAUGACUUAAAUGUUUUCAAUGAUACAACUUUUCCAAUUGCAUUCCUCAGUGUUUUAAUCGAUUUCUUAUCAAAGAGAAAGAAUUCAAAUCAUUAUGAAAAAUUUAUGAAUAUUGAAACUCGUAAGGAUGCUUUAAUCAAAUUACUUAGAAUUCAAAGAGAUACUUAUGGUGCAUCAAAUGUUGAUGAUGAUAUGGAUGCCGAUGAUAUUAACUUUGAAACUUCUUUCCAAAAAGAAAAACAAUGUAGAGCAAUUCUAAUUCAACCUGAAACUCAAUCACUUUUAAAAUCAAUUUAUGAUGAUUUUAAAAUAGAAUUGGAUAAAAAAAGAGAAAAAGAAAAAUUAACUGGAGAAGCUGAAUACUUGGAUUCCGAUGAUAAUUUGUUUCUUAGUGCUUUCAUUGUUGGUGAUAUUAAAUUGUGUGACCUUUUACUUUGUCAUUAUUAUCAUCCAAUUCAAUUUAAAAUUACAAAAUCUGCAAUUACAAAAGCAAUUAAAGAUCAAAAAAUUCAUAUCAUUAAAUAUUAUUAUAAUGGUCAUCAUUUAAAUUUAUUAAAUAAUAAUAUUAAAAAUGAUAAAACAUUAUCUGAUCAUUUAUUAAAAGAAUUAUUAAAUCAUAAUGAUUAUAAAUUUGAUUUAAAUUGGUUAUAA